AUGACUAGUGUAUUAUGUGUGUCCCUUGUUAACAUUAAUAAAAGAAAUAAUGCUGGUGUACGAAAUUUAACAAAUGUAAGAGACAUUCAACAACAUUCAACAACCAUACCAUCAUUUGGUAAAAAUAAAAAUAAUAUCACCAUUAACUCAUUGCAAUCAUCAAUCAUUGAUAAUACAUUAGAAUCAAGUUCUGGAAGUUUAAUUUUUACUAGUACAAAUGACAGUGAAAAUUAUUUUACAACCUCAACUUCAAAUACCACUAUUACUAGUAGUUCUAUCAAUAAUAUUAUAGAAAAAGAUUCAUUAUUACCAAACCCAUUUAUUACAACUGUAACUACUGAUAAUAGUAAUAUUAAUUAUAAUCCACAAAUUGAAUCUCAAGAAUUAGUAAUCGUAAGUGAUAAUGAUUUAGCAAUAAUAACGACGACUGAAUCACAAUUAGAAAGUGUAGAAGUAACAAACUCACAGAAUAUUAAUCAAGACAAAGGAAAAGAAUCAGGAAUCCAAAUUAUAGAAAGUCAAUUAUUCGAAAGUUUGGCAAUUGCAACUUCAAAAAUGACAUUUAUAAAAGUUGAACCUGAAAGCGAUGAUGAAAUUACAACUCCUGCUACCCAUGGCCAUUUUUUAAGAAAAAGAACCAAGCGUAUCAGUUAUCCAAAGGAUUAUCCAAGUAAUAGUACUGGUAAUAGACGUUCAAAAGCACGUAAAUUGAGACAAAAAAAUAAACAUCGUCAAACGUUACAACAAUCUGUUAAUGAAAAUGAUGCAGAUGAUGAUGAAAGUAUAAAUAAUAUUGAUGAAUCGUCCCAAUACGAAGAUAAUGUUGAUAAUGAAACUGUAGAUGCUCAACUUGUUAGGCACGAUCUACGUUCUAGAAAAAUAUUAGAUAAACAAUCGAAUAAACAAAUAUCGGAUCGAGAAUGGCGUCCUGAUAGUGAAUCAGAUCCUGAAAAUUUGUCUGAUCAAGGGUCUACUGCUGGCCCUAAAUCUACUCUUAAGACUCAAACAAGAACCACAUCGACUACUACUUCAAAAUCCGUUACUGCUAAACAAUCAACCCCUUCAGUAAAUCUAAGACCUUCAAACCCAAUAAGAACUCCACGUAAUAAUAAUUCUGCCACCACCACUACCACUUCUAGUAAAACUAGAAAAUCUUCAUUACCAUCUAAGGGAACUCAAAAAGCUAAUCAAUUAUCAAAAGAUAAUGGAGGUACAAAGAGGGGGACUCGCGUAAAAAGAAAAGAAAUUGUUAAUAAAGAGUUGUCUGGGGUUGAUAAUAAUGAUAUAGAAAAAAUUGAAAUUGAACAACAAUUUUCUAUUACUAGUGAUACUAAUACCAUGGAAUUAGUUGAUGCCGAAGCUUAUGAUUCACCAGAAGCAUCACUUCCAAAACCACCUACCACUACCAGAAAAACUAGUACAUCAAGCCCAGAACGUCUUAUUAAAUCUAGAAGAAGAUCAACUGUUGUUAUCAAUGAGCUAGACAAUAAUGAAUUCGAAGAAGAAAAGGAGACAAUACCAGUCGAAUCAUCACAAGAUAAUGUCACUCCAAAAAAAUCAAGAAUGGCUGCCACUAAGAAAAGCAGUAAUAAAGGUGUUCGUAGUAGACGAGGUGGUAAAACCAAAGGUAAUAUUAAUACUACUACUGAGGUUGCUGUUAUACCAAAUAAAGAAACUCAAAUCGAGCAAACGACAUCAUCACCAUCACAAUCUGAUUAUGAUGAUUAUGAUGUUGUAAAAAUUUCAGCAGAAAAUCCAAAUGCAUUAACAAAUGUUAUUAAAAGUGUUCGUCGUGGACGAGGUGGUAAAACCAAAGGUAAUAUUGAUAGUACUACUGAGGUUGCCGUUAUACCAAAUAACGAAACUCAAAUCGAGCAAACUACACCAUCAUCAUCACAAUCUGACUACGAUGAUCCCGAUGUUGUAAAAAUUUCAGCAGAGAACCCAGAUGCAUUAGCAGGCGCUAUUCGUGCCUUAACUUUUCAAAAUUAUGAUAUUGUGCACACUUCAGCAAACAUUAUACCAAUAAUUCAACCACAAACCACCUCUAUUCCACGAUCUAUACGUGUAAAACCAUCGCCAUCAUCAUCGUUGUCGUCAUCGCCGCCAUCCACUAUAAAAUCGAAUAGACCCAAAACUUCACCAUCGCCAAAUGUAAACUCUUCGGCAUGGGAUGAUAAUCAUUGGCGAAUUUUGAAAUAUACUUACUUAGAAAUUAGAAAUAAUUAUAUUGAAAAGGGUAAAAGUGGAAUCCAUAAUGAAGAUGUAUAUAAGGAAGUCAUCAAAAGUUUUCUAAAUAUUAGACCUCAAUUUGAGGAAUCUGAAAUUCGAGUACGAAUGACAGCGUUAGAAACUGUAGAAAUUGAAAAACAAGGAAAAAGAAAUACUGAAAGAAGAGGAAGUAUAGAAAGUAGUAGCUCGAAAAAUAGUAGAUUUAGUGCAACUCGAUAUAAUUCCGCAUAUUCAAAUAUGCGUAACACACACAACAAUCCACGUAAACGUAAAAAAAUUGUUAAAGCCGAUCUAACUGAAGAUGAUGAUUUGGAUGAUAAUAGUGAAGUUAUGGCUGAAGGCAGUAAACGUCGACGUGGAUUGGACUCGGAUUCUAUUUCCGAUGUUAAUACAACAGGACAAAAUACUCCACCUAGGGCUAAAUUUUCAAGUUUAUUUGGAUGGUUCGGAAAACGGACUACUGAUAAUGCUUCACAAAUAUCUGCUUCUGAUAUUGCUGUUGAACAAAAUGAAAAAUAUGAACAGUCUUCAAAAUCACUUCUAAGUUGGUUACGACUUAAUUAA